AUGCCCGAAAUCAUACGAGAGAAGGUUGUCUAUGGCGGGAGAGAUCGCGAUGAUUACUCCUCCGAUGACGACCGCUCGACCUACGGACGCUCGCGACACGGCGGCGGCGGCGGCUCGUCUUAUCGCACCGUCCAACGCUACCGUGUAACCCCCAACAGCGUCGAGGACGUCGAGGACGACCGCCAUUCGCGCGUCGAAAUCAUCCGACCGGGUGGCCACGACCGCCUAGAGGUCGAUCGUCGCACCGAGCGCUUUGAUUUACCGGAGAGACCACGAUCGGCCAUUGACUCCCGCGCUCGAUCUAGCUAUGUCGAACGGGAUCGUUAUUUCGAACGGGAGCGAGAACCCAUCCUUUCGCCGGACCGCGAGCGUGAGCACACUCGAACUGUCGUCGUUGAACGCGACCGGGACCGCCCGCGCGAACCAGACUUUUCACGGCCAUGGGAGCGCGGUCCGGCCAGACCAUGGGAAUCGGAGCGGGACGUUCGGGAGACGGAUGUUAGAAUUGAAAAACGAACUACGGAACGGCGCGAGGAACCAUACGAUAUCGAGAGAGUGCAGAGAGAAGUCGAGUACUAUGAUCGGCCCGACCCUCCUCCACAGCCCAUUAUCAUCCGCCAACGUGCUCCAGAACCUCAGCAGAUCAUUGUGCAAGAGGCCCCUCAGCCAGCACCCAUCAUCAUCCCCCGCGAGGAAAAGGGUUAUGAAAUGGUACGCAGGCACGAAAUUAAGGAGCGUAUAGAGCCCAGAAGAGAGGAAGAUGAGUACUACUAUCGGCGGGAUGUUAGGGAAGUUGGGCGGGGAAGGGACAGAGAAGAGGAUUUUGCCAUGGCCAAAUAUGACCGUAGGGAGAUCAGACCUCGAGACUCAGUGAGUGAUGGAGAAUAUAGCGACUCCUCUGAUUACGUCGUACGGAGACGGGUCAUUAGACGCGGCAGUUCAAGCCAUAGCCCACAUCAUCACAAACGACAUCUAGCUGAGGGAGCCUUAGCCGGUGCCGGUAUAGCUGCUUUAGUGGGGAACCGCCAAAACAGUGAUGGCUCAAAACCGCAUCGUGGCAGACAAGUUGCUGGGGGAGCCGCUCUGGGUGCCAUAGGCGCAGAGGUUAUCACUAGAGCACGCAGCCGUUAUCGCGACCACCACGACGACAGAAGCCGAUCAAGAUCAAGGUCCAGUAGUAGACAUUCACACCGGAGGCUCAAAACCGCAAUUGGCCUCGCCGCCGCUGGCUUGGCCGCUGCAGCCGCGGUUAAGUAUGUUUCCAACCGCAAAGGCGAUAACGAAGAAUUGGGCCGGGGUCGCAGCCGCACUCGAAGUGUAUCGAGACGUCGUCACCAUUCUGAUUAUGACAGCCGCAGCCGCAGCCGCAGCCGUAAGAGGAGCAAAAGCCGAGCUGCAAGUAUUGCAAAAGCUGGAGCAGCUACAGCCGCCGUUGCAGGCGUCGUUGAGCAUAUCCGUAGCAGAUCACGGAAGCGGAAAGGAUCGAGGUCUAAGUCCCGUAUCCGGACAGGCGCUGAAAUAGCAGGUGCAGGUCUGGCUGGUGCUGCUGUAGCUGGGCUCUACGAGAAUCGCAAGGCCAAGAAUGAAGAAAAAGAGGCCGAGAAUGACAGAGAGGAGCGCAGGUUAAGCAGAAGCAGAAGCAGGUCGAGAGCCAGAUCUAUCGGCGCAUAUUCAGAGCCUGGAGUUGACCCAGAAUUAGGCAUGGUUCAGUACGGUACUGACCCCGUAUACACCCAUACGGCCCCCCACCACGAACACGACCGUGGUAGCCGAUCGCGAAGCCGGUCCCAUCAUCACCGACAUUCGUCCUCGAGCCCUGAUAAACGUUCGAGGAGCCGAAGCCGAGCUCGAGAGAUUGUUGGUGCCGCCGCCGGCACAGCAGCGGCAGCUAUUGGUAUUGACAAGUACAAGAAGAGAAAGCAGAAGAAGGAAGCGGAGCGUGAGCGUGAGAGGGAAAAGGAGCGAAGACGUUACGAGGAAGAAGCUAGACCAGACAAUUACUAUGCUCGCGACUUCCACGAUGAUGACUACUAUUCUCCCUCACCCCCUCACGCUUCUGGCGGUUCAUAUUAUCCCGAAAACAACCAGUUCCCGCCUCCUCCAGCAGAUCCUGGCUUCACGAACCACCCCAAUUUUUCCACUCCAAAUGUAGCUCAGCCGCCUAUCCCACAAUACAAUCCAGCAGACUAUGCAGGUCAACCGGCUCCUGUACCUCCUCAUGACGGUUUUGGAUACCCGCCGGGGCCAGCAGCUCCUGACGGUCUUGAGCACCCGCCGGGGCCAGCAGCACCGAGAGCAGGUGAUAAUGUGAGUUCAAGCCAUAUACCUCAUCAGUCUCCUGUCAGCGUUCCCCACGCAUCAUCUGCUGGGGCAACGGAUAUGCCAAGAUUUCCUCCACCUCCUACAGCUCCUUUCCCAGAUGAUCCACAUAAUGAGGAGGGCCGUGUAAAUCUACACACUCCUCUUUCUCCAACAGACUCUGAUAGCGAGCGUAAAUCUGUCAUGUUCGCACCUCUUUCCCCAACUUCUUCCCGCCGCCUCCGUAGACACCGUCGAAACCGCAGCGGUUCUCGCUCUGCUACCGUCCCUACAUCUACAGAUCACGUCUACGAUGCAAAUAAUUCCGAUUCUCCUCCACGCCGUCGACGUCGUCGCAAGCGACGGGACUCGGACCCCAGCACCGACCGUCCUAAUCCCCACCGACGAAGGCGCCAUCACCAUUCCACGCGUAGCCCAUCACCCGCCUCCAAUGAUAGCGAGGAUGUUGAGGUCUUACCAAACAGAUUUGACAGCGAGGGUCGCCCGCUUGAUGGGGAAUAUGAUGGCCAAAAGGAGAUGGUGGAAAAGAUAGUGCUUGAUUUUGGAGAUGCGGUGGAUGGGAGGAAGAAGUGGAAGGAUCUGUUUAGGGAUCUGGUGGAAGCUUCUAAGGAUACUAGGGAUAGCUCUGGUUCAAGGCCGCGUCGAUAA